AUGAGAGUUGCUGCUGUUUUGCUAGUUUGUUUAGUAUUAUGUUAGUGUAUUCCAGUACAUAAGAAAUUUUUGUAACUUGACGGGUAUUUGAUUAAAUGAAUAGUAGUCAAGAGAAUGAUGUUUAAUAUACAUCAGAGAAUUUAUAAGUUGUUGAGGAGAAGAGCCAAAGUAAGGAUGUUCAAAUUUUGGCAGCAUAAGAGAGUGAUUUGAUGAUUAAUUAAUUAGAGGCAUCUGAGAAAUAAGAUGUACAAUAAUCUUUAGAUGAUGAAACACCAUUGAAUAGUNCCAUCAGAGAUAAAUAGAACAGUAACAUUUUUUUUUAAGUUUUAGAAUAUGUAAAAAUUUGUUUAACUUUAAGAAAGUUAUUUUAUGUUUAUUCCUCCUCCAUAAUAAUAAGUAUUAAUAUUAAAUGAAUGA